CGUGCAUUGUUGGGGUCAUCCGCUCCUGAUAAGCGGUGAAAGUCGUGGCCUAAUCGCUUUCUAUUUCGUUUAAAAUUUUCAAUUAAAAACCAACGUGUUACUAAAAAUGGUGCUCUCACUGAUUAGCUCCCUGGAGGAGCUCAUUGAUCAGUACAAGAUAAAUCUGAUUCAAGUGAUUUUCAUCGUUUUUAUUGUGACCAUCGUCUUGCUGGGCAGUUUAAUGACCCUGGUAGAAUCGCAUUUGCCCAACUGCAUUCGUCAGUCCUUUCGUUACGGGAAGCACAGUCAUAAGGGCGAAACGGACGCACUGAUCAGUCAUCUGGAAGUGCCCAAGGCCUGGUUCAGUCAUUUCUAUAUAUUCGCCUUUGGCUGGUCUCUGCUGGCGCUCUAUUUCAUCAGCAGUUCCAUCCUCACCCAAACCACGGCGCCGGAGUACGUGCUACGCUUUCUGGACUUCAUGUGCGGCGGACACACUCAACGGCAGGUGCAGGUGGACUCGAACACAGCGCUCAUUGGAACCGUGCUGCUCACCCUGCAGUGUGUGCGUCGCUUCUACGAGACGAAUUUCGUACAAAUCUUCUCCAAGCGCAGCCGAAUAAAUCUCUCGCACUAUGCCGUGGGACAUAUACACUAUUUUGGCGCCAUUAUCGCGCUGCUGGCCAAUACGGCAGGCUUUGUGCGCGGCUCGAAGCCGGCGCCGUUCACGCUCUCCAAUGUCAGCCUGCUGCAAGCAACUUAUACGCUCGUCUUUCUGUUCGCCUGGCUGCAGCAGUAUGCCAGCAAUAUGCUGCUGGUGCGACUGCGCAAGGAUGCCAAGACGGGCGCUGUCCAGACGGAGGCACAUCUGCUGCCCAGCGGCGGCUGGUUCAAUUUGAUCUCCUCGCCGCACAUGUUCUUCGAGGUGGUCAUGUACUAUUGCCUCGCCGAUCUAUUUACGCCCAUUAGCACAUGGAAGCUGAUCUUCCUGUGGGUGGCCAGCAAUCAGACGAUCAACGCGCUGCUCACCCAUCAAUGGUACAAGGAGAACUUUAAGGAUUAUCCCAAACAGCGACAUGCCAUCAUACCCUGGCUGCUGUAGGCUUCAGUUACAAAUUGUAUUACUAAUUUAUUUGUGGCAUUUAUUAUUAAACUCGUUUUACACACACACAA